AAGUAAUAGGGUCCCAUUUACCCGUUUGGGUUUCACAUUUUGUCUGGGCUAACAAAUCCUGUACAAACUGCCAAAACAAACGCUCGUAUGGAGAUUAUUGAUUAAAAGCGUAACGUACAUGAUGGACGGAAUUAUCCGUGUAAUAUAAUCUCACAUUUUAUAACCUCUUGCAAUUUACUGUGACAUGUAAAGUUGCGAAUACGUAAAUACAUGUAGUAGAUAAUUACGACAAUUACCGUACAGUAGUAGGUAUGUCUUUGUUUUUAUCAUGAAAGUUAAACAUACAUUUUACUAUGGCACAUUUAUUUCGCUAAUCGACAGAACUCAGUCUAAAACGAACUAAUAGAUGUGAUUAUUAAGAUAAUAAAGUCUAAUUUAUUCUAUAAAGAAAUAGCGAUAAAAAGUAUUUUCGUUUAUCAAACCCGUUCGACCCAUUUUCGCCAAAGUCUCCUCGCACCCCGAAAAAAUUCGAUACCACCGUAACUAAGCAACGACAAAACGUUGUCGAUCACCGCUUCUCGGUUAUAAAUCAUAGACCACCAUUAUAUAUGUGUAUGUGUAUUGUGUAGUGACUUGCGUGCAUAAAUCUAUAAAAUGACGGAAAACAAGCAAAUAAGCAUGGCUGCGAGCUGCAUCGCGCUCCGUGGCGUGAAGAUCUUCCUGAACGCAGGCAGAGCCGCAGCGGCAAGGAAGGCUUCUUCACCCCCAGUAGUGAAACGCAAGCCUAAACCGCCAGUGCCUGGAGCUAGGCCACCGCAGAAAGUAUUCGAUGCUCUGCUUAAGAGCACUAAGCUUAACAAGUAUGAGCUGGAAGCAUUGUACACGAUGUACCGGAAUUUAGUAACAGCAGCGCAGUCCGCGGCGCCGGCCGGCAUUGGUCAACCAGCCCCGAAGACAGACGGCAUAGACCAGAGCACUUUCCGUGACGUAAUGCACAACACCUUCGAUCUCGUUACCGAAGAAGCCAUUUUGGAGAGAAUCUGGGUGACGUGGGAGCGCCCUUCAGGGGGCGAAGGGGCCAUUAAAUUUGAGGCCUGGGCUAAAGGCCUGAGCCGACUGCUAAGGGGGACUGAGGAUGAAAGAAAAAUGCACUGCUUUGCGGUGUAUGACCUUAAUGGAGAUGGCUGGAUUACGAAGGACGAGAUGUUUUUGCUAUUAAAGAACUCGCUCCUGAAGCAGCCAGGGGAUGAAGACCCGGACGAGGGAGUCAGGGACCUUGUGGAGCUGGUUCUUAAGAAACUGGACGUUGACAGAGACGGCAGGGUCUCCUUUGAGGAUUACAAUAGUUAUGUAAUUCUUUUCAGACAAGCGGUGGAACAAGAGCCCCUUCUGUUAGAAGCCUUCGGCCAGUGCCUGCCGUCGAAGCGACAUUCCGCCGCUUUUCUUAGAACACUAGUGACUAAGUGAAAAGAGAAAUAAUAGUAUAAGGACUUAUUUAAUGUACAAUUUGUUUUAGAAUUGUAUUUUCUCAAGCUAUAAAUAUUAUUCAGAAUAGAACUGAAGUUUAUAACAAAAAACUAUGGAGUGGA